CAGUAUCGUAAUGCACCGCCUCGUUGUUUCUCGUUCCAGGAUCACCCGGGUCUACGGGGUACACCGUUGGCCAUGCUCGCCGCCCAGUGCAACAAAUUGAGCAGCAAGAGCCCGCCACCGUUGGCUGACGCGGCGGUGGGCAAAGGGUUCCACCCGUGGAAGAAGAGCCCGCAGAGCAGCGGCAGCUCGCCCCAACACUCGGCCGGGAGCGGCGGAGGAGGAGGGGGAGGGGGCGGUGGAGGAGGAGGUGGAGGAGGAGGUGGAUGCAUGACGACGGGAGUGAGUCAGAGACCGGCGGCGACGAGCAGCGCCGGGAGCACGAGCGGUGGCUACGCGAGAGCGCCGGUCACGUCGUGCGCUUCGACCGCGCCCCAAUACGGCGGCGACCUGUACUUCCCGGGGACGGCGAGCGCCCAACCGGCCGGCGAUCCUCACCAUCAUCAGAGCAGCCUGCUCGGUAAGGUGGAGGGAGCGACGUUGGGCUCGGUGUACGGCCGGCACCCGUACGAGUCGUGGCCGUUCAACGCGAUGCCAGGCGCGGCUCACGGCGGGAUUAAAGCGAGCGACGGUUGGUGGGACGUGCACGGGGCCGCGACCGCCGGCGGGUGGCUCGACGUCGGCGGAACGGUCGGCGUCGGGGUGCACGCCGCCCAAAUGGCCAACUACUCGGCCGACUACUCGACCAGCCUUGCACUGGCCGGCAAUCACUUGCUGACCACCGCGACCACCGCCGGCCACAAUCUCCUCCAAGACACGUACAAAUCGAUGUUGCCGGGGGGCCCGCCCGGGUUCGGGCUCCACCAUCACGCGGCCGCGACGGCGAGCGCGAGCGCCGGUGCCGGGAGCCCCCAGGGGAGCGGCGGUGGCGUGGGCGUGGGGGCGGGCGGCGUCAGCCAGGCGCCCUCGCCCCGCUCCCAAAGACGGUACACAGGGCGCGCGACUUGCGACUGUCCCAAUUGCCAAGAAGCCGAGAGGCUCGGACCGGCGGGCGUGCACCUGAGGAAGAAGAACAUCCACAGCUGCCACAUACCCGGCUGCGGUAAGGUCUACGGGAAAACGUCGCAUCUGAAGGCCCACUUACGGUGGCACACUGGUGAGCGACCGUUUGUUUGCAACUGGCUUUUCUGUGGCAAGCGGUUCACACGUUCGGAUGAGUUGCAGCGGCACCUUCGAACCCACACCGGCGAAAAGAGAUUCGCCUGCCCGGUCUGCAACAAGCGGUUCAUGCGCAGCGACCAUCUCGCGAAGCACGUCAAGACCCACAGCAGCAGCAGCAGCAGCAGCGGCAGCAAGGGCAAGGGGGGAGCGGGGAGCUCGUCGGCCGAGUCCUGCUCCGACAGCGAGGACAACGGGAGUCAGCAGAGUCCCACUUCCAGCUCGGUUCCGCCGCAGCCGCAGCCGCCGUCGUCGCAGCCGCAGCCGUCCCAGCAACAACAACAGGCCAACAACAACCGGCUCAGCAGCAGCAGCAGCAGCAACAGCAGCAGCAGCAGGCUCUGGUGGCAGCGGCGGCGGCGGCGGCGGCGGCGGCAGCGGCAGCGGCGGUAGCGGCGGGCCAGGACACCACCACCAACAACACCACGUCCCAGACCACCACCACCACCACCCCACUCGGCCA